AUGCGGGACCUGGGACCAACUUCAGCGGCCCGCAAGCCUUUUUUGGCCUCUAGCGGAGCGGCUGAGCAAGCUGCCGAUGGUCGCGGGGGUGGAUCCGAGCUGCCCUUGGCUGCUACUUUUGGCAGCUUUGGCAGCUCUCCCUCCAAGCUGCUACAACCAACUCUCGACUAUGGUCCUCGAUCCUCUUCUGGCAUCAAUGACUCCCAACGCACCAACUCCGACAACCCGUACGAUGCCGAGAACUCAACCGGAUCCAAAUUCAACCCCCAAAGCCUCGGCGACUGA